GCGGAGCCUCAGAACGAUCGCGCUGGAGCGGCGGCGGGAGCGGAGCGGGAGCGGGGAUCGCGAUAGCGCCGCGAUAUCUCCGCGAUACCCCCGCGAUAGCCGCGCUCGGGAUUAUUGCUCUUGGAAUUUGCCUUCUUCUCCCGCGGAUUACAAUUGCACCAUGACCCUGGAGGAGCUGGUGCCUUGCGAUAGCAGCAAGAUGCAGGCGGUGAGCGAGGCGGUGGAGCGGGUGCUGGUGGCGGCGCAGCGGCAGGACCGGCUCACCGUGGGAGUCUACGAGUCGGCCAAGCUCAUGAAUGUGGACCCCGACAGCGUGGUGCUGUGCGUGCUGGCCACCGACGAGGAGGACGAGGGUGACAUCGCGCUGCAGAUCCACUUCACGCUCAUCCAGGCGUUCUGUUGCGACAACGACAUCCACAUCCUGCGCGUGUCGGGCAUGCAGCGCCUCGCCGACAUCCUGGGCGAGCCCGCGGCGGGCUCCGAGCCCCGCGACCUGCACUGCCUCCUGGUCACGAACCCGCACACGGACGCGUGGAAGAGCCAGGGGCUGGCCGAGGUGGCGAGUUACUGCGCCGAGAGUCGCGACAGGAACCAGUGGGUGCCUUACGUGUGUCUGCAGGAGCGCUGAGCCCUUCCCGGCCUGGACUUGAAGGAUUAAAAACCUUUUUUUUUUAAACAAAAAAAACCCAACACAAAACAGCAGAAGGAGAAAAAAAAAAAAAAAAGGGAAGAAACAGCGAGUUCCAACCCACAAUCCCCAAACCCACCGAUUUUAUUUUUCUUUUGGACCGGAGAGGAGGAAGGGGGAGCGCGGCCGCCGCGGUGGGGAUGGAGGGACGCGGGCCGGAGCCGGGCCGGAGCCGCCGGCCGAGGAGCGGUGCUGGACCCUGGGCCGGAGCUGGGCAGCCCCGGGCGGGCGCUGCGGAGCGCGGGGAGUGACCCCGGAGCUGCGACAUUGUCGCGAUUUUUGGCAGCUGGGACCCCAUGGAGGCGAGGACUGCAGAGGGCUGGAUUUUUAAUUUUUUUUUUACUUUUUCUUUUUUCCUUUUUUUUUGUUUUUUUUUUGGUUGAGAAAAGUGCUUUUUCCAAGGAAUUACCGACGUCUGCACGGAUGGACCUGCACCCCCCGGGGUGCUGCUUUUGCACUUGGAGACCCUGAGCUGAACCUUUUCCAGAGUUUAUUCUUCUACCGAGCGAGGAACUAAAUUUAUUUGCAAUAAAAUGUCUGACGUUA